UCGGCACUUGUCGAUUUAUUGGUGGGUUUCGAGUAUGGCUGGUGAUUCCGAUUCAAGGGAGAUCGAUUCAACACCGCGAAAGACAGAGACAUGGGUAGAUCCCCCACUGGGUUUCUUCUUCGCCGGCGAGAGACUGCUCCCGAUUGGCAGAUUAAAGGAUCCCGAAUAUGAAAGACAGUGCGAUAUCUUCUACGAUCAAUUUGAGAAAAGCGAGGGUUUUGAUGUGGACUGGGACAGUUUGGGCUACCAGUUCGCUGCCACCAAUUUUGAGUGGGAACCACAUUGUGAUCCGCAUCAGAGCAAGGAGGAGCUGCUCAGGCUGCUCACACAGACAGCCAUUGACGAAUUCAACGAAGAACAUAUCAGAGAGCUUUCUUGCUCUUCUUCUCUAUUACUCUCUCUUCUCUCUUCUCAACUCUCCUUAAUAUAUAUGAUUCCAGGGAACCGAGCCAAUACAAGGCCAUGUGCGGGGAUGAUGUAUUUUAUAACAUUUCGGGCAAAAGAUGUUUCGUCGCAAGAUCCUAAACUUUACCAAGCACAGGUGCAAAAAUUCUGUGAUGAGAUUUCGGUCCUUCUGAUGAGGCUAAGGCCGACGCAAGAC